AUGAAGCCGAACAUUAUCCUCGCCAUCCUCAGCUUGAGCCUUACCGCGAUUGCGGCCCCUACUCCGCUGAAUCUCCAUAAAGAGCUUCAAGUUCGUAACACCGAUGCCAAUGAUGCUCCACUUACUCCCCCAACACCUCCAACCCCUCCCACGACCCAGAAUGUUCCCGUUGUACAUCCUCCACCUGGAAAGGACUCUGGCUACCCUGUAGUCCAAGCUAAUCCACCAACUCUGCCGACUCCUCCCACUCCUCCUAACAAUGUUCCUGUUAAUGCUCCCGGAUAUCCGUAUCCUUAUGUCAAUGCUCCGCCAAACCCGCCAACUCCUCCCACUCCCCCUACACCUCCAACCCCGUCUGGUGUGUAUGGUCCGAUUAUCGGUGAUGGAAACUACCCAAACCUCCCUCCUGUUCCCCCGACUCCUCCCACUCCUCCGACUCCCCCUACUUCUGGAUGA